AUUGCUUUAACGUACAUUUUCAAUUAAAAUCAAACGCGUCAAUAAGUUAAUUCCUAUAUACUAAUACUAAGAAGAUAUAUAAUUAUAAUUCUCAAGUAAAUGUCUGUAGGUUAUAGAGUGAAAAGUGACAUUUUACAGAAGUUAUAAACAAAGUGAUACAUUAUAAAGUAAACAUUUCAACGGAAUGGGAAUGUUCAACUGCUUUCGAGGAGAGGAUGAAUAUGAGGAGAAUUCGAAGCAGAUAGACCGAGAGAUCAAACAGUGGAUCAAAACUUAUAAUGAUGCUAUAAAACUAUUACUUCUCGGCACUGGCGAAAGCGGGAAGACAACUAUCAUAAAGCAGAUGAAGAUAUUACACGUGCAAGGAUUCUCGCCAAGUGAAAGAUCCGAUAAAGCAAAAGUGAUAAAACAUAACAUACAUGAAUCCAUUUACGACAUAGUUCGUCACAUGGCACGACUCAGCAUUGGCUUACAGAACCCGAAGAAUGUCCAAGCCCAGCAGUUCAUACUCAAAUGUGGACCUGAUGGGCCUCCAGAAUACAAUGAGGAUUAUUUCGACUACGUUCGUGCUCUGUGGCGCGAUGGCGGCGUGCGGGAGUGUUUCAGACGAUCCAAUGAGUACCAGCUGAUUGACAGUGCUGGGUAUUUCCUGGACAGACUAGACCUGAUAGAGAAGACGGAUUACGUUCCGUCUGAUGCAGAUAUUUUGAGGUGCCGUCAGAAGACGACUGGUAUACAGAAGAUUGAGUUCAAAGUUAAGGUACCAAAAUCAAUGCACGGGGGUUAUCAAGAUUUUUGGAUGUUUGACGUGGGCGGGCAAAGGGGGGAGAGGAAGAAAUGGAUACAGGUAUUUGAAGGCAUAAACGCAAUUUGGUUCCUGGUGGCGUGCAGCGACUUCGAUCAGACCCUCAGGGAGGACGACUCCACCAACCGGCUGAGGGAGGCCCUCUCGCUCUUCGAGGACGUCUGGCAAAGCAGAUUCCUCCUGGAAGCAGGCCUGAUAGUCUUCCUAAACAAACAAGACCUGUUGGAGGCGAAGGUGUCUGGCGGCCGCAGCAUCGAGCCCUACUUCCCCGAGUACCAGCGGUUCACGGAGCCAGGAGACGACUACACGAGAACUAAGAUGUUUAUAAGGAGUCUCUUUGCUGAGGCGACAACGAAAAAGCGCGAACGCAUCAACCUGAAAGCUUCAUCGGAGCGGUUCGUGGUGAUGGAGGCGACCCGCCCUCGCGAAUGCUACUUCCACUUCACCACCGCCACCGACACUGACAACGUGCGCACUGUCUUCAGAGACGUGCACCAGAUGAUCCUCACGCACAUACUCAACAACAUUGGCGUCUAUUGACAAUAACGAAAUACACAAUGGCGCCGAUUAAAGCAUCAA